AUGAUUGAACUUUGGCUCAUAAGACACGGACAAACUGAAGAUAAUAUAACUUAAACAUUAGCAGGUCAUACUCCUGGAAAACUGACUGAAUUAGGUAUUAAGCAAGCAAUGAUAACAGGAGAAUUUUUAAAAAAUGAAAAAUUUGAUUAUUCAUAUGUAUCUGAUUUAGGCAGAACAAAAGAAACAUACGAGACAAUUUAAAGGGUAAGAUGGGGAAAAUUGGAAUGA